AGGCAUUCAGCACAUUGAUGGAAGCUAUCUCAACAGAUGUAAAGCAGAUUAAAGAAAGACAGAUCAAUAUAGAUGCUAAAAUUAUUAAUAUGGAGAAAGACAUUCUUCAAUUUAAGACAUAUGCCAUGGAAAAUAGACCCUUUCGUGAUCAAGAUAUCAUUGUACAAUUUAACAAAAUUGAAGAAAUCUACGAAAGAAGCCUGCCAAUUAGUACCUACGAAGAAUUUCAAGCGUUUAAUGAAAAAAUAGUUGGAGAUGCCUAUACUACUUUAAAAAAUUACUUUAAUUGCAAUAUCAAUACAAAGGAAAUGCAUAUACUUAUUAAAGUGAUAACUCCAUUAUUCAAAGAAUUUUUUACAAAAGAGCUCAUGGCACUGUUUACCGCUCAAAAACAACACAGAAAUAAAUUCAUUUUUAAGAAAACUAAUUUCUACAAAUGUUUUUUGGAAGCAAUGCAGCAUGCCUAUAAGUAGAUAGGCUAUAGGCAUACCAAAACAUAGGCACACUAAAACACCCCCUCUCCUCUCAGAGUGUUUUGGUACCCGAUGGAAG